GCAAGAAAAUACCAUCCCUCUGGCCAAAACCCCCCACCCACCCGCGAGUGGGGUGUUUCGCUUCCUCUUCCAUCUGUAAAUGAGCUAUGUCCAAUGCAAAACACAAAUCUGGUUGCAGAUCAGAUGGUUCUAUGGUACUACAAUUACUGCUAUGGGAUCAACUCUCAUACAAUACUGACAUGUAGGCCUAUCCCUAGCCAAAGAAAGUUCCUCCUCUCCCCUUUUCUUUGCUCCAAAAUUAAAGCUUACAGUAUGUUUGUCCUCUUGGACAAGGUGCUAAAUCCAUCUUUCUGAUGAAGUGUGUCAUUUAUUAAAGGCUUAGGCCAUUUUAGUUAUUUUACCAAUCACACAUGGAAAUGUACAUUGUUUUGAAAUGUUCUCACUUUUCAAAAGUAGGUUGUCAUAUUAUGCACUUAGUGGUGUGUCAAUCUCCUUGAAAGACUGACAUUUGGUUUAAAGACGGAUGUUCUUAACCACUAAAAGGACACACACUGACUACGAAACACUUUUGCUAAUGAGAGGUUUUGGUCUGUAUUCAUACUUCCUUCAAAUAACAUAAUAGGCUACUAUCACUAUGGCUUGUGGUGUUAAAAUUGAGAAAUAAAUACAGUUGCCUACAUGCAUGACGGACCAUUAAACAGCUAUACAUCACACGUUGUGCCACAGCUUGUCUGUGAAAGUUGUGGCUAAAAUGGUAACUGCAUGACUUCCUUCCUGUUGCGUACAUAGUUCCCUAAAAUAUUUGAUUACCUACUGAAUGAUUUGAUUCUAACCCAGACAAGAAUAAUGAAUCUGCAGUUGGACAGAUGGACGAUCAAGUAGCCUACGUUAGAAAACAUGCUACAGUUGGAUUAUUUUUAGUCUAUAGGCUAGACCUCUCCUGCUCUGCACUAUGGACAAAAAACAUAUCUAUAUUGCAAUUUAAUGAGAGACAUUGUGCCUUGUGGGAAUCAAGACAUUUAGACAAACAGUGAGCUGCAGCUGCUACAGAUUCAGCUUCCUCUUUUUCUGCUGGGAGUAUCAGGGAACACUUUGGUGUGUUUUAUGACAUUUUUUUUGUAGUUAACUUUUAUUUUUUGCUUCAAUAAUGAGAAUUAAUGUUUUAUGUGAUCAACUCUGUUAAGUGCUUAGUGUGUAUACAGAGCAGCACAUCUAUUACAAGAGAGAAGAAAAUCAAAUGUGAAGGAUAUUACAGUACAGUUUUUCUUAUUGGAGGUACAACAUUGCAAUAGUCUGGAGAAUGAUGUCAAGAGCAUGUACGGUUGGUUCCGUCGACUCUUAUUGAAAAAAGAGUCUCCACAGAGCAGCUCCUCUCCACAUGUACAGGUCAGGACUCCACCCCCUUCUGUCGAUGGUGCCUCAUCAUUGGUUCCCACCUCCACUCCUAAACCACCACCACCUUUUCUGAGCUCUAUGAUUCGUUGGAGCCAGACCUACGACUUGUGUGUGUGCCAUAGCCCUGUGGACAUCGAAGAAGCCAUCCGUCUGGCCACUUACCUGGAGAAACCGGCUUGUGGCCUGCGCUGUUUCCUGCGGCAACGUGACGCCAGCGUGGGGGGUGCCAUCCCCACCGAGCUAUGCCAGGCUGUGCAGAGCAGCCAUUGCUGGGCCCUUCUGAUCACCCCUAACUUCCUGCUGGAUGACUGGUGCCAGUACAUGAUGCACCAGGCACUGUCUGAGGGGCCCAUGUCCAACCGGAUCAUUCCCCUGGUCCUAAACCUGUCUUACUCUCAGUACCCAAAGGAGCUACGCUUUUACUACUACAAAGACCUGAGCAAGAACCCAGAGCGAGGCUACACACAGGUGUACAAGACAGUGCUGAAGUACUUGGAGGACAUGGAUGAAAAAGAUGCUGCUAAAGUUGAUUGCAACAUGCACAGUACUAGCAAUAGAUUGGAAGGGGCAUCCUGUUUUCCAAGGACAAAACUGUCAUCAAACUAUCCGAAUUCUGAGCCUCUGCUUUCACUUCAGGAGAUUGAGAGGACAGAGGCUGCAGAUUCAUAGGACUAUUGUACAUCACACUCUGGAGGCUGCUGAGGUGAGAACAGCUCAUAAUAAUGGAUGGAAUGGAGCAAAUGUAAUGGCAUAAAACCCCUGGAAACCAUGUGGUUGAUGUAUUUGAUACCAUUCAUUACCACAAGCUCGUCCUCCCCAAUUAAGGUACCACCAACCUCCUGUGAAAUCACAUGAUAGCUAGAAUAUAAUGAAGGGGCUGACUGACUUAGGGAAAUCCCCUUACAAAAACAAUCAACUGGGCACACACUGGUUGAAUCAACACUGUUUCUACAUAAUUUCAAUCAAAUAAAAUAAAAUAAUGUUCAACCAACGUAUAAUAGACGUUGAAUUGAGGUCUUUGACCAGUGGGACUGCACUGGUUGACUGAUCUGACAUGACCACAAUUAACUUAUUUUUAUAUCGAGUUUCUUAUCACAAAUGUAAAUAUUAAUACAUCUAAUCCAUUUUGUUGUGUGCAGACUUGCGAUCUCAAUGUACACUGAUUCACACAUGGUGCUCAAAAGCCAGAGUUAUGUGCAAUAGAAACGUACUUGGACUGGGUUUUCAGUGGAAUAAUAUGUAACCCAACAUGGGAGAGUGAUGCAAGAUAGUAGAGCAGAACAUCCCUCUGGUACAAAUGAUGUUGCUCUGAUAUGUCAUAACCAAUGAUGUGUAUUAACCCUGGAUGACUAACGGGGUGCUGUAUUGAAGCCACCGGGCAACCAUAUUGGCACUUCUCCUCAAGCGUAAAACUAUUUUGGAAGCUAUAAGAAAUGUAUUUAUUAAUGUCUACAUUCGUUUUUUUAUAUGAUUAUUCUAUUACAGACACCUUAAUGAAUACUUUAAUAUUACAUUAUGUGAGCUAAACAUAAAAAUUAAACUAUAUACAAACAUUUUCUUUCAAGUAUUAUUUAGAGUACUAAUGUUACUGUCCCCACUACUUUAUUUAAAGGGGGAGAUCAAGCGGAGCCUAACUGUUAUAAGCCUAUUUCUAUUUUGCCCUGUUUAUAAAAAGUGUUGGAAAGACUUGUCAACAAUCAACUGACUGGCUUUCUUGAUGUCUAUAGUAUUCUCUCUGGUUUGCAAUCUGGUUUCUGCUCAGGUUAUGAAUGUGUCACUGCAACCUUAAAGGUCCUCAAUGAUGUCACCAUUGCCCUUGAUUCUAAGCAACAUUGAGCUGCUAUUUUUAUUGACUUGGCCAAAGCUUUUGAUACAGUGGAUAUUCUCGUGGGCUGGCUAAGGAGUAUUGGUGUCUCUGAGGGGUCUUUGGUCUGGUUUGCUAACUACCUCUCAAAGAGUGCAGUGUAUAAAGUCAAAACAUCUGCUGUCUCAGCCACUGCCUGUCAGCAAGAGAGUACCCCAAGGCUCGUGCCUAGGCCCCACUCUCUUCUCAAAUUACAUCAACAACAUAGCUCAGGCAGAAGGAAGCUCUCUCAUCCAUUUAUAUGCAAAUGAUAGUCUUAUACUCAGCUGGCCCCUCCCUGGAUUUUGUGAUAAACGCUCUACAACAAAGCUUUCUUAGUGUACAACAAGCUUUCCCUGCCCUUAACCUUGUUCUGAACACCUCCACCUGGGGCUCCACCUGGGGCGUUGGACUAGUAACCGGAAGGUUGCAACUUCAAACCCCCGAGCUGACAAGGUACAAAUCUGUCGUUCUGUCAUUCUGCCCCUGAACAGGCAGUUAGCCUGGGAACAGUGGGUUGUCAUUGAAAAUAAGAAUGUGUUCUUAACUGACUUGCCUGGUUAAAAAAAAUAAUUUAAUAUCGUAAAUUGCUCCUCUUUCACCCCAGCUGCCAAACUAACCCUGAUUCAGAACCAUCCUACCCAUGCUAGAUUACAGAGAUGUAAUUUAUAGCUCGGCAGGUAAGGGUACUCUCGAGUGGCUAGAUAUCCUUUACCAUUCGGACAUCAGAUUUGCUACCAAUGCUCUUUAUAGGACACAUCACUCCUCUCACCUGUCGCAAGACUCACUGAUUGAUGCUUAUUUAUAAAACCCUCUUAGACCUCACUCCUCCAUAUCUGAGAUAUCUACUGCAGCCCUCAUCCUCCACAUACAACACCCGUUCUGCCAGUCACAUUCUGUUAAAGGUCCCCAAAGCACACACAUCCCUGGGUCGCUCGUCUUUUCAGUUCGCUGCAGUUAGCCACUUGAACGAGCUGCAACAAACACUGAAACUGUACAGUUUUAUCUCCAUCUCUUCAUUCAAAGACUCAAUCAUGGACACUCUUACUGACAGUUGUGGCUGCUUUGCGUGAUGUAUUGUUGUCUCUACCUUCUUGCCCUUUGUGCUGUUGUCUGUGCCCAAUAAUGUUUGUACCAUGUUUUGUGCUGCUAUGUUGUGCUGCUGCCAUGCUGUGUUGCAACCCUGCUGUGUUGUCAUGUUUUGCUGCCUUUCUAUGUUGUUGUCUUAGGUCUCUCUUUAUCUAGGGUUGUGGCAUCACUCUUGUCAUGAUUUGUGUUCUGUCCUAUAUUUUAUUUAGUUAUUUCUUUUGCCCCUGUCCCUGCAGGAGGCCUUUUGACUUUUGCCUUUUGGUAGGCUGUCAUUGUAAAUACGAAUUUGGUCCUAACUGACUAGAUUAAUAAAUGUUCAAUAAAAUACAUUUUAAAAAUCCACAAAAAAUACUUAUAUACAAUUUUGUCAAAUACAUAACAUUUAGUUGAAAUACCAAUAAUUCCAUUUAUUCCUAUGGAGGACUGCUCUUACUAGGGAGUGCCAAUAUGGCCGACAGGUGGCUU